AGCAGCGCGGUCCCGGAAACUUAAACCUCGAGUCUUGGCCGCCGCCGCCAGCGCCCAGGAGCGCAGAGCUGGGCGCGCCCAUCUCCCGCCUGCGGUCGGGGCGCUCGGCGGGGCCGCGGCGGCGGAGCUGAACCCAAAGAAGGGGGCGCGGGGCGGUGGCGCCUGCGGCUUCUGCGGCCCGGGGAGGCUGCGCCUGGGUCCCUGGCCGCGCGCGAGGCUCCGGCAUUGGCCCUCCGAGCUGAGCCUGCCUGCCAUGGAGGAGGCGCCCACCCCCGAUCCCGCGCCCGCGCUGUGGGACUGGGGCUACCUGGACCGCUGCUUCGCCCGCCACCGCGUCUGCAUCUCCUUCGGCCUGUGGAUCUGCGCCUCCUCCUGCUGGAUCGCCGCCCACACGCUGCUUCUCUACCUGAGAUGUGCAAAGAAAUCUGGACAGGACCAGUCGGCGCUCUGUGCUGCAUGCUGCCUCCUGACCAGCCUGUGUGACACGGUCGGGGCAAUUCUGGCCAGACAGCUUACCAUCCAGGUUUUCACUGGUGCCUACCUAGCAGCUGUCGACUUGGUGAACUUUGUGUUCAUUCUCUUUCCAGUCUGUGGCUCCAAAUUCAAGUCUAAUUUGGUUCAGGGAUCCCAGGAGAGGAAGAGGAGGCGGCAACUCAGGGCCAGCAUAUUUGCCCUGGCCUUGCCCCUGAGUCUGGGCCCAGGCUGGGUUCUCUGGGCCACUGUCCCAAAGGCUUCAGGCCCCAUCCAAGGGCCUCAGCGGAAGCUGCUGGAAAGUUUGCUGCAGGACAAUACUGAAAUCCUGGGCUAUCUGCUGGGUGGCGUCGCAGCCUUUGGCUCCUGGGCUUCUCGGAUCCCCCCACUCUCCAGAAUCUGCCAGGGUAAGACGUUUCCCUCCAUCCACCUGUGGACCCGGCUCCUGUCGGCCCUGGCUGGCCUCCUCUAUGCCUCAGCCAUCGUGGCCCACGACCAGCGGCCUGAGUACCUGCUGCGGGCUACCCCCUGGUUCCUGACUUCCCUAGGUCGUGCUGCGCUGGACCUCGCUAUCAUCUUCCUUUCCUGGAUGAUGAAAAGCAAGAUGAGGCGGGCCUUGGGAUUUGCCUGUGAAGCCAGAGAGAGCCCCGACACCCAAGCCCUUCUGACCUGCGCAGAGAAAGAGGAAGACAACCAGGAGAAUUCAGAUUGGGUGCCUCUCACCACACUACCACACUGCAAGUCACUAAGGACGAUGACAGCCAUCAGUCGCUACAUGGAGCUGACCAUUGAGCCAGUGCAACAGGCAGGCUGCAGCACCAGCAGGCUGCCUGGUGACGGACAGACCAGCACGGGAGAUGCACCCCUGCAGGAGCCCCCCUCGUACCCACCCGUUCAAGUCAUCCGGGCCCGUGUGUCUUCCAGCAGCUCCUCCGAGGUCCCCUCCAUCAACUCCGACCUUGAGGACUCUUUCUCCUCGCCUGUGCUCUGCCUGGAUUCUCCGGGAGUACCCCGUCAAACAGACAAGAUAAAACACUGAGAUCUGCAAGUAAUCCAGUGGUGGCAGAACAGGAGGAAGGGGUAAGACGGAGACAGAUAGGGCCUGUGAGCGCUCAUGGAAGAAGAGCUUGGAUUAUUUUCACCUUUCCUCAAGUGUCCACUGGCUGGGCUGGUCAGGGCACCAGAUGGAUGGCAUUGGAACCUCAGUGUGACCCUGUGACCCUGUAGAAAAGCUAUUUGCUUGGGCUGUCCGGAUUUCCAGAUGUCUCCACAAGAGACAGCACACUCCACAGACACUGCGGAUUCACUCGUUCAUUCGCCCACUCACUCGCCCCUUCGACACAAGGCAGCCCCGCUCCUGGCAUGGCCAUCCGGAGGGUGUACUGGACAGAUGCUGACUGCGCUCGUGUUCUAUAGCUGGGGGCUGAGGCCCAGAGGGAGCAGGGCUUCCAGGAGUGGCCUACUCACUUCACCAGCUUUAUGAGUGCAGGGUGGACUUUACCCCGCUGUUGAAACUGUUCGUCUGCCUUUUAAAGGUUUUAUUUUUUUAGCCUCUGGGAUGCAAGGAAAGAUUAAGUCUGGCUUUGUGACGAAAGAGCAUUUAGUUACUUUUUUCCCUUCUGUGCUUCCUAGUACUGUUAUGGGCCUGGCAUAAGAAGCUUUGUAGGAAUUCUGCAAGGAGGCUGUUUCUGUCAUCGGAACAAAUUCUGCAUGUUAGAGAAUGACUACACCUGGAGCCGGUGCGGUUGUGGAGGUGGGAGGGGAGAACAGAGCCACACACCAGAUUGCUCUGUCUGAAAGAGGGUCACGUCCCAGGCCUGUGUGUCCCGCUAAUUCUGUACUUAAGGCUCUUGACAACCGGGACUGCUUGCUCCCUUCCCAAACCCUGCCUCCAGCACCAGCUCAUUUUAGAAGAAAAUACAUAUAAGAAGAAAGAGGCUAGAACAUUCCAAUAGGUACCAAAGGCCAGAAAUAAAGUUGAAGAUGUGGUUUCUCCAAAGAUCUGUUUCCUCCCCGGGGAACUGGCAUCAUGUGCCAUGAGACUGUGAAAGACAAUACGUCCAGAAAUGUGUGGGGCAGUCCGCUGCUUCCCCUGGGGAUAUGGAAAGACAUGUCACCGGCUGUGCAGGAGAAAGAGGACUGACCAGGAGUCAGGUGGACACAGGGGCUUGUCUGGGCUCUCGCUGCCCUGCCAGGUGGCCUUGCUUUGACCUUCUUGAGUUUUUGUUUCUCCCUCUGUAAAUGGGAAUCGUGAGAUCUGCUCUACCUUUCUUAUAGAGUGACUGCGAGGAUCAAAUGGGGGUGCUGCUGGGGCUUUGCAAGACUGCCAGAGGUGUUAUGUCGUGAACUGGAACACAGGCUGGAAGUGGGCUCCGGUAUUCACUCCGGCCCUUUUAGCCAUGGAACUGGGCAACACCCAUUCAUUUCUCUGAACCUGCUAUGAAAGUGGAAAUAAUGAGCUUAGGGAGGAUGGUGAGGCUCCACCAAGGUCAGAAAGUGAAGGAGCUUUGAUGCAGUAGAGCACUGGUCCCAUAAAUGUUCAUUAUGAAACCCCAGCUUUGGACUGGAUAAUCUUUAAGGCCUUACUUAAAACAAUGUGACCUUAAGUGUCAAAAACACUUAUUGAAAGAGGUAGACGGCAGUUAAUUACACUGAAUCAAUUCUUAGAAGUAGAAAAGCUUCCAUCAAGAAAACAAAAGGGUCAACCACCAGCCAAACCUGUUCGUGUUCUUGACAACACAACAGCUCUGCCCAGACGCCACUCUUGGAACACCUCCUCCGGCCACCUCAGUCUCUAGAAGCAUUUCCAAUUCCACUGCCCGAAAUCCAGAGUCCAGCUUUACUGCUUCCACUCAAACCAGUGUAGGCACUCCUGACCGAGCUCCUGUCUCCAUCUCCUUUCAUUGCUGUCCUACCCAGGAUCUUCCCAGCAUUGACCUCGGCCCCAUGGCCUCCCUGCUCUCAGGCCUUCUGUGGCUCCCUACUGCUUACUGUUUAAGUUCACACCCCAAGCCUGACCUCCAGGACACAUAAUGGUCUGGCACUGGGCCAACUCGCCAGCUUUCUCUUCUCAGGAUUCCUUGGCUCGGCUCUGUCAUCUCCUCCUGCCCUUCGAGGCCCUGGCUAAAUUCUGCUUCCUCCAGGAAGGCUUCCUGCUGCUCCUGAGUAGGGUUGCUAGAUUUAACAGGCAAAAAAUACAGUGCUCGCUUCGGCAGCACAUAUACUAAAAUCGGAACGAUACGGAGAAGAUUAGCAUGGCCCCUGCUCAAAGGAUGACGUGCAAAUUCGUGAAGCGUUCCAUAUUAAAAAAAAUAAUAAUACAGGAGGUCCAGUGAAAUUUGAACUUUAGAUGAAUGUACCUACACUAAAACAUUAUUUGUUAUCUGAAAUUCAGUUUUGCUGGGCAUCCUGUGUUUUAUCUGGCAACCCUACUCCUGGAUCUAAUUUCCCUAGACCACUUCUCAGUUCUUUUGAGCAACAAAGUUUCUUCUAAAAAAUCAGGAACAUACAAUGUUACAUGUCAAUUAUAUCUCAGUAAAACUGGGGAAAACAUGAUUUUAAAAAGUCAGAAAUAGGAGGUAAGCUCGCCAAGUCCUUUUCUGCUGAGGGUCCUAGGAUUUGGCCUAAAACAGUAUUUGUGACUGGAUUUCAGAGAUGCUUGUUCCCACCACUGCUGCCCACUGUUUUAAUACACAUGGCUCCUCCAUCUUGGCCUUUGGGAAUGUCCCUAAAGUGACAUUGUGUGUCAUCUUUAUAAAGGAAACCAACCCACCAUGGGUCACAACUUUUAUCUCACUGAUCCGGUUCACGAUAGGCCUUGCAUAUGGCAUCUCUCAGCCUGUGAUGCAUAUUCCCAUCUCACAUCCCAUUUCUCCCACAGCGGCCCAGGCAGGAAGAGCAGCACAGGGAGUUUGGACAGUUAAAGAGGAGGAAAGAAAAGUGUGGGAGGUGAAACGGUGCUUAAUCCAAAGUGUCAAAGAACUACUUAAUUAACUAUAAAUAUUGUGUGUGUUAUAAAGCAAUAAAAAGAAUGAGAUUUUG